UUGGAUGAGACAGGCGGCCGCUGAAGCUAAAGGACAAAAAAAUUACAAAAAGCGAAAUUAUUUUAUCCUUUUUGCAGAAUAUUUUAGCUUUUUGCCGUGAGGAGCGCAUUCAACAGUGCGAAGGAUAAGAGGAGCUGUUGAAAGCUGCGCCGUCAAACAAGGAGUGGAGGAGGAGUGAAUCAUCGACUGGCGAGGACAGUGCUCCCUGUUUCUUUUUAUCUGUGAUAAUAAUAAGCAAACCGAUCAGACAUAUAGGGAACACUACGUUUUUUUGGACCACGGAGACAAUGUGAUUUUUACGCACAGCUCAAACGGAUGACGCGCAACUCAAGCCGUGGACGCGAUUCUUGAGGCGCACCUUGCUUUCAGAAGUUUCUUAUUAUUCCCCGUCUCUCUGCCGUUCACCUAACUUUAAACAACCUUCCUCUUUUCGUGAAUGCAGACAAGAGGUAGCGGGAACAGAUAGCAAGGCGCGGCGAUCAAACAUGCCUGAGCCGUUGUGGCAUCAGGGGGCGCUGGCUGGAGCUCCCCGAAGCGCCUGAAUCUCUCUCGCUCUCCAUCCGAGUUGAUUUGUUUGCUCUGAGGGGCCGGCAGGUGACCAGAAGUCCGUGAUGGCAAAGAAAGGAGAGAAAUACAGCCCGGACUCCUCGAUCUAUACAUCCAAGAUGAAUGUGGUCAUCCCGUUCUCGCCCGACGUGCCCUGUGACAGCAGCGGUCAGCGGAUGUGGUGGGCUUUCCUCGCUUCCUCCAUGGUCACUUUCUUCGGGGGGCUCUUCAUUAUCCUCCUGUGGAGGACCCUGAAGUACCUGUGGACCGUGUGCUGUCACUGUAACGCCAAGAAAAAGGUCGUACACCGGAUCACGACGGGCGAUGGCAUUAAGCGUACGGACAAAGAGGACGCUGCGGCGAGCGAGGUGGGCUGGAUGACGUCGGUAAAAGACUGGGCCGGAGUCAUGAUAUCUGCCCAGACGCUGACGGGAAGAGUCCUGGUAGUCCUUGUGUUCGUUCUCAGCAUUGGAGCCCUUGUUAUAUACUUCAUAGAUUCUUCUGAUCCCAUUGAAUCCUGCCAGAACUUCUACAAAGACUUCACCUUGCAGAUCGACAUGGCAUUCAACGUGUUCUUCUUGCUAUACUUCGGCCUGCGUUUUAUUGCUGCCAAUGACAAGCUAUGGUUCUGGCUGGAGGUGAACUCGGUGGUGGACUUCUUCACAGUUCCUCCGGUGUUCGUGUCGGUUUACCUAAACAGGAGCUGGCUGGGUUUGAGGUUUUUAAGAGCCUUAAGGUUGAUACAGUUCUCAGAAAUUUUACAGUUUUUGAAUAUUCUAAAGACAAGCAACUCCAUUAAGUUGGUGAACUUGUGUUCAAUCUUCAUAAGCACAUGGCUAACUGCAGCAGGCUUCAUUCAUUUGGUGGAAAACUCAGGGGAUCCUUGGGAAAACUUCCAAAAUUCCCAAACACUUUCCUACUGGGAAUGUGUCUACCUACUCAUGGUUACGAUGUCGACUGUUGGCUAUGGAGACGUUUAUGCAAAAACCACCCUUGGCCGCUUGUUUAUGGUCUUCUUUAUCCUUGGUGGUUUGGCCAUGUUUGCAAGCUACGUCCCUGAAAUCAUAGAGUUAAUAGGAAACCGCAAGAAAUAUGGUGGUUCCUAUAGUGCUGUUAAUGGGAGAAAGCACAUCGUGGUCUGUGGUCACAUAACGCUCGAGAGUGUGUCCAACUUCCUAAAAGACUUCCUACACAAGGACAGGGAUGAUGUCAAUGUAGAAAUUGUUUUUCUCCAUAAUAUUUCCCCUAAUCUUGAGCUGGAAGCCUUGUUCAAGCGUCAUUUUACCCAAGUAGAAUUUUACCAGGGGUCUGUCCUGAACCCACACGACCUAGCCAGAGUGAAGAUUGAAUCAGCUGAUGCCUGCCUGAUCUUAGCGAACAAAUACUGUGCUGACCCAGAUGCCGAAGAUGCAUCCAACAUCAUGAGGGUAAUAUCUAUCAAAAACUACCAUCCAAAGAUCAGAAUAAUAACGCAGAUGCUGCAGUACCACAAUAAGGCUCACCUUCUAAACAUCCCAAGCUGGAACUGGAAGGAGGGGGAUGAUGCCAUUUGCCUUGCUGAGCUGAAACUCGGGUUCAUUGCCCAGAGCUGCCUAGCUCAAGGGCUCUCCACCAUGCUGGCCAACCUUUUCUCCAUGAGGUCCUUUAUCAAGAUUGAGGAGGACACAUGGCAGAAGUAUUACCUUGAAGGAGUAGCUAAUGAGAUGUACACAGAGUACCUGUCAAGUGCCUUUGUUGGGUUGUCCUUCCCAGUCAUCUGCGAGCUCUGCUACGUGAAGCUGAAGUUACUCUUGAUAGCUAUAGAGUACAAGUCUGAUCAAAGGGAAAGCAGCACUUUGAUCAACCCUGGAAACCAUGUGAAAAUGCAGGAGGGAACCCUGGGCUUCUUCAUUGCAAGUGAUGCCAAAGAAGUAAAAAGAGCGCUGUUUUACUGCAAGGCCUGUCACGAUGAUAUAACAGACCCCAAAAGAAUAAAGAAAUGUGGAUGCAAGAAAUCCAAGACACCCGUCUACAAGAGAAUGAGACUGGCAUGUUGCUUUGAUCGCAGGCGCUCAAAGUGGGAGCGCUCUUGCAUGCCGGUUAUAGUGCGUUGUAACUUGGACUCCCCUCAUCGGGACAUCCCACUCUCUGCUCUCUCUGUUAAUGAUUGCUCAGCCACUUUACGUGCCUCUAAAAAUAGCUAUAAUGGAUAUAUCAAAUCAAUUGAAGAGGACCAACAGACAGCUCUGUCACCCAAAAAGAAGCAGCGCAAUGGAGGCAUGAGAAAUUCUCCGAACUCCUCGCCCAAGAUAACAAGACACGACCCACUCCUCAUCCCGGGCAGUGAGCAGAUUGAGACCAUAGAUGAGAACAUAAAGAAAUACGACUCUACUGGGAUGUUUCACUGGUGCCCGUCCAAAGAUAUUGAGAAGGUCAUCCUGACCCGCAGCGAAGCAGCUAUGACUGUUCUGAGUGGACAUGUGGUGGUGUGCAUCUUUGGAGAUGUAAAAUCAGCGGUGAUUGGUCUGCGAAACUUUGUCAUGCCCCUGAGAGCAAGCAACUUCCACUACCACGAGUUGAAACACAUUGUGUUUGUCGGUUCCCUUGAAUACUUGAAGCGCGAGUGGGAAACUCUACACAACUUCCCCAAAGUAUCCAUUCUGCCAGGCACACCGUUGAGCAGGGCUGAUCUGAGGGCUGUCAACAUCAACCUCUGUGACAUGUGUGUCAUCCUGUCAGCCAAUCAGAACAAUAUUGAUGAUGUAUCACUGCAGGACAAAGAGUGCAUCCUGGCGUCACUUAACAUCAAAUCCAUGCUGUUUGACGACAGCAUCGGGGUUUUGCAGGCCAAUUCUCAAGGCUUCACGCCACCAGGGAUGGACCGAUCCUCUCCUGAGAACAGCCCAGUCCACGGAUUAGUGCGGCAGACCUCUGUUACUACCGGAGCAAAUAUUCCCAUCAUAACAGAGCUUGCACCGUUAGCAAAGCAAGGCAAAAAAGUGCCUGUGAUUUCAUUCAGUCAGGAUAAAAGCAGUGGGACCAGCAUACAAAUGAUAACUGAGCUGGUUAAUGACUCGAAUGUUCAGUUUCUGGACCAAGAUGAUGACGACGAUCCAGACACAGAAUUAUACCUCACCCAGCCUUUCGCCUGUGGGACAGCAUUUGCAGUCAGUGUACUGGACUCCUUAAUGAGUGCGACAUACUUCAAUGAUAAUAUCCUCACCUUGAUCCGGACAUUGGUAACGGGUGGCGCCACGCCGGAGCUUGAGGGGCUGCUGGCCGAGGAGAAUGCAUUACGUGGUGGCUAUAGCACACCGCAGACCCUGGCAAACAGGGACAGGUGUCGCGUGGCACAGCUGGCCUUGUACGACGGACCCUUUGCUGACCUCGGGGAUGGUGGGUGCUAUGGGGACCUAUUCUGUAAAGCCUUGAAAACAUACAACAUGCUGUGUUUUGGCAUCUAUCGCUUAAGGGAUGCUCAUCUAAACACACAAAGCCAGUGUACCAAACGGUACGUCAUCACCAAUCCUCCAUAUGCAUUUGAACUCGUGCCCUCCGACCUCAUAUUCUGCCUGAUGCAGUUUGACCACAAUGCCGGUCAGUCACGGACCAGCCUUUCCCACUCUUCUCACUCCUCGCACUCUUCGAGCAAAAAGAGCUCUUCCGUCCACUCUAUCCAAACUACCAACCGCGCCAACCGAGUCAAAAGCAGGGACUCACGAGACAAACAAAAUGCAACAAGGAUCAAUAGAGUUGGCCAAGAAAAGACAUGGUUUACAGAUGAACCAGAGAAUACCCACCUGAGGACCAUACAGAUCAAUCCUGUGAAUACUCUCGCCAUCAAACCAGUCGGUCACAAUAAAUCCACCAGUAGCUUGAUCCCACCCAUCAGAGAAGCCGAGGACGAAUGCUGAGCUCCGGACUUCACCCUGACACCUGGACAACUGGACCUCCAACAGGACAUAUUGAGUGGGUGUCAGUGUGGACCUUGGAUCAUUUAUCAGCAAGACAAACUGCUUUUCUUCCUUCAUCUUUGCAGCAAUGUAACAUCUGAGCUGACGUAGAAACAUAAAGACAAUCCUGACCACCACUCAACUUUCAGUUUGCACAGCAGUGACCAGACUCCAUGACUGUUUUUUUUUUUUUUUUUUGCUUUUCCACUUUAUUUUGAGGAAUGAGGGUCACUUGUGCAAGAGCAUAACCAUAGGCAAUUAUAAGCCCUGCUGGAUAAAAGACUAGUUGUAAAAGUUGCCUUUUAAGCUGUACAUGAACAACUACUGCUACUGCAUUUGAGUCUGGUUAAAGUAUUCUGUACAGUUUGUUAGAAUGUGUAUUUUACAUCCAGCUGCACCCCCACACCCAUCCACCACCACAGUGGCAUUGUUGAGGACUGAUGCUGCGCCCCAUUUACCACAGGAGUCAGAAAUCCAGUAAGGGAUGGAAAUUGGCACUGGCCUAAAGUGGGUAAAUUUUUGAAAUGGUGGGUAGAUAUAAUCAGCUCAAAGGUCAGGGGGACAGAUUUGCAAUUUAUCAAUUCGCCUAUAGGGAACAACAAUGCACCUGAGCUGCAGCUAUAUUGCUGCAAAAACCGUUAAUAGUAGAAGAAAUACUCAAUAGUUUUAUAUACACGGUACGUAGUUGAUAAAAACUUUUGAACAUUCUCAAAAUGAGCCAAAGAAUAUUAUAAGCUAAAGAAAGCCCUAACAAUGAAUGUUUUUUAUUAGAUUAGCAUUGUUCCCAAUGCAACAGCAGGUUUUGGAUUUUUUGCCCUUUCAUUACUGGAUGCUUUUGCAGUUUUGCUCUUUGUGUAACCCAAAUUUAUUCUGACAUUUUCUAAAGCAACAGGUGCAUGGGAACCAUAUUUCCAUUUUUUUUUUUAAGAUCUUAACUUAAACAGCAGAGAACAGUGGUUGAUAAUUCACAUUUUUGGUUUCAUCUCAAGAAAACAUCGGCAUAAUCUCAAUAGGCUACAUAUUUAAUCUUCUGACUGCUGUUUUCAAAUAAUAUAGAUGUAAAAUUUAACCUUGUAGCUGUGUGUCUCCAUCCCAAACAGCAAACAUUUGAAUAUUUCAACAAAAUCAACUAUUUAAAGAAAAUAUGGUGUUGGUUUAAGCUAAUUUGGUUAUGAAUAAUUCAUGUUGAAAAUAUAGUUUUCAACAUUCACACUAUGCUAAAGGUUUUAUGACAUGGCAUAAAUAAUUACCUCAUGAUAAAUCACUUCCAAACUUUUUCUAUCUUCAAGGUGACAUUUAUCACGUGCAAUUUAACAGAAAAUCGAAUUAGUUGAAGUGAUAAAUAUUAUACUAUAUUAUACAAUUUUAAAAUUCUGCUACACAGGUGUGCUCAUUGGAAAACAGAAAAUUGGCUGAACCACACUGUGAUUCAUUUUCAGCUUUCCACAACUGAAAUUAGUACUACAAAUGUUUUUUUCCUGAGUGAUAACAUGUGAAAUGAGACAGUUUUGAUUCCUUCUAACCUCUCUACAAACUAUGGCUUUAGCACAAGGAUGUAAAUGAGCAAAUAUUAUUAAAGUCCUACAAGAGAAGAAUUAAACUGUCCCCCAAAUAACUGCAGAUAAAUCAAAAGCUAUUUCAAUAAAGCAAUAGUAUAGGGUGUGCACACGUACACAACAAGGUUUUUGUUUUUUUUUUGGUUCUCUCACAUUUGUGUAUUUUUGUAUUCAAUAAUACAAAAAAAAUAUGCAGGUCACAGUAAAUGUGGUUAAAGUAAUUUUGUAUGAUCAUCAAACUGUUAUUCUGUAAGAGCCGACAGGCACAAAAUGAUAUCAUAAUUAUAAUCAAGAAUAUAUGGUGUAAAUACAAAGUCUUCUGAAAAUAUACAGUUAAAUUAAAAGCAAGAUUUGAACAUUGAUAUUGUUAAUUAUCUCCAAAAUAUAUCAAAAGUACUUACCAACAGAGAGAGAUAUACUUGUAAUGUUUUAUUACUUGGGUAUGCACUCCACCUACAUUAUCCAUAAAGUAAGUAAAAAGAGAGAAGAUGGGAACACUUGGGUAUGUUUAUGAUUGAUUCCAGCAGAUAAUCAGUGAGGCUUGCUAACUAUGAGCUUCAUGAACAUGAUACCUCCUAGUAGAAGUAGGAAACAACAAUGAAUUUGCUCUCUAUUUUAUGCAUAAAACACUGCAAUAUAUUCUGUAGAAUUUUACUAUUCUGGGGGUGACUGGCCAAGUCAAAACUGAAAAAUAAAUGUUUUUCACUAAAGCUUUCCCAAUGUUUAGCAAGCAUGGCAGCCAUGUCUGUGGUGGUUGGUGUUAAUAAGAAUUCCAAGUUCAGGACUUGUUAGUUUUUUAACUCAGCAUCCAAGAAUUCCAAGUGCAAGUAGUGCGCAGCUUGACUCUCAAUGGUUUCUUUGCCAUUUGGAGCUAAUUCACAACAUUUGUGAUGGUUAACGUCGGCCAGUGUCCAUACUGAAAUGGCAUAUGGCUCUAGCCUUAUCUCUAUACACAUGUACUUGUCUUAUCUUUGCCUUUUCAAGUCUGUAAAUGUUUUAAAUGCUUUAUUAUGCAAACCAAAACUCCCAAAAUAUCACCACAAAUGAAACAAAAUGUAACUUUUUUAUGAUAGAGCUGUUUUUUUUUUUCUGCGAUCUAUUCAUUAGCACACAAUACCAUUGAUAGUUUCUGUAACAGAGCAUGGCACAAUAUUCCAAGUAUGCAGAUGAGUUGAUUUUUUUUUUCAAGCCACAUAUCGCAUGAAGUGGGCAUCUUUAAGUCCUCCUUUGGCUGUAAGCACUGCCUGACACAGGAUUGUCUUGGAGGCAAUGAGGAAACUCGAAUGUACUCCAUGACCAAUCUUAAUGCCAUGAUCGCUUCAUUGCAUGGAUGCUCGUCAAACAGCUCUAUCAUAAAAACGGCUUUGUGUCCAGAAACAAGAAUUCUGAUAAAUCAAUAAUGAUCAACAAUAUCAGCAAAUAUGGUUGUUUUACUCUCAGAAAUUAUGUCUUAUUUAAAUAGUGGAACACAGCUAUAUUGGCACUGUUGUCACUUUACUUUAGUAUUCAUGAAGAUAAAAAGUAAUAACAUUAGUCCGUGACAUUCUGAAUCCACAAAUAGCCUAGCUUAGGAUUUGUGUUGAAUGUUGAAGGACAAAACACCAGGUUUGUGAAAUUUUUUUACUGGCAGAGAACAUUUGAGCUGUCCAUUCCUCAGUGCCAGUAAUGUGCCAGGCAGUGCUGAAGCCAACGGAGGACUCUACAAAGACCCACUACUGCGAAAAGAGGCUUCUAGUUUUGCUUUCUUACUGUCAGUAAUUCAACUCUCAAACGUCUUAAGAACAGCUUCCACCACCGUCGCAAAACAAUGUAUUUCAUGUAAAUCUGUAAAACUUAAUGUAAAGUAUUUCUUUGUAGCGUGUUCCUGUUUGACGGUACCUGUGGUGUUGAGACGCAUUCAGCAUUGCUUGUAUUUAUUUUAUGCACUUUUUAGCACAUUCACUCGUCAAACGAUAGUCCUAAUUUGAUAUCUACGUCACUAUACGCAGAAAUAACAUUAUUGUCUUGUAUAAAUUUGACUGUACAUAAAUUGUACAUGAUUUCAUUUUGUAUUUUCACAAAUUAAAAGCAGAUGUAUGGUGUUUUAUCGAA